GUCGCCCGUAAGCUGAAAAACUGGCCAGCACAAUGGGAAAAAAACAGAACAAGAAGAAAGUGGAAGAGGUCUUAGAGGAAGAGGAGGAGGAGUAUGUGGUGGAGAAGGUCCUGGAUCGGCGAGUGGUAAAGGGCAAAGUGGAAUACCUGCUGAAGUGGAAAGGCUUCUCAGAUGAAGAUAACACAUGGGAGCCAGAAGAGAACCUUGACUGCCCAGACCUCAUUGCAGAGUUCCUUCAGUCCCAGAAAACUGCACAUGAGAGCGAGAAAUCUGAGGGAAGCAAGCGCAAAGCAGAGUCUGACACAGAGGACAAAGGGGAGGAGAGCAAACCAAAGAAGAAGAAGGAAGAGUCGGAGAAACCGCGAGGCUUUGCCCGAGGAUUUGAGCCAGAGCGAAUCAUUGGUGCCACGGAUUCCAGCGGGGAGCUCAUGUUCCUGAUGAAGUGGAAGAACUCCGACGAGGCUGACCUGGUCCCCGCCAAGGAAGCCAACAUCAAGUGCCCCCAGGUGGUCAUCUCGUUCUAUGAGGAGAGGUUGACAUGGCAUUCCUACCCCUCAGAGGACGAUGACAAGAAAGAGGACAAGAAACUAACCCCUGGCACCCGCUCUGGCCAGCCUUUGUAUAAAGAUCUGAACUGUGGGUUUGAGCAAGAGGGAGAAAAACGCAGCUCUGCUCGGUUGGGAGCGUAGAGAUGGCUGGAGAAGAUGCCCUUUGAAGAGACCAGUAUGGUUUCUGUGCCCUGCAGCUGCUCAACUGCUUUAUGCAGCUUCAUGCUGUGUACAGAUUCAAACCAGCCCGGCUCAAUUUGGGGGGGGGGGGGGGGGAGGGGAGGGGAGGGCAGGGGGCUACUGGGAGAGUUGGGGGGGAAAUUGGGGUGUUUGUUUCGAGGCUGUCUAUUUUGCAGCUUGUGGGAGAGGAAGCAAAGCCCCUUCCAUGAAGGACUAUCACUGGUGAGGGUGGGCUGGGGAAAGGGAGUGCAGAUGGAUACUGCUUAUUCUUCAAAGACCAUCUCAGCAACCCACAGCCUUCUUCCCAAUAGUGUUAACUCUGCAUUUUUACGGCGUAGCAUGUGUGUAGGUUUUGUUUUUUUUUUUCUUUUGCUAUUUACUGGUGUAUUGGUUUGGGGGGCUGGGGGGAGGGAUGUGGGGAAAUUGGUCUCUUGUUUCAUUGCGGGGGGAGGGAGAUGAGGUCUGGUGACAAUGUUCCAGAUCAUUUCCAGAUCUUUUUUAGAACCUGAAUUCAGAAAAGGAAAAAAAAGGGGGGGAGGGGAGAGCCCAGUAUUGAUGACAGAACUAAGGAGACAGGGACACUGACAUGAGACUGAAACUGUGAAUGUCCAAAUCUCUGGAGCCAAGAUCCUCAAAACCCUGCGAGCAAUUUUUAAGGGGGGGUAGGGGGGGAUGAGGGGAGACUUGUGAAAAUGCAAACUUGUGAUUCGUAUUGUCCUGAAGCAGAACUGCCAGUUACUGACACAUGCAUUGUAUGUGGGAGGGUGGGGUGCGGGGCAGGAAUGGAUUUUAACCCUUUAAAAGCCUUUCUACCCUUCUUUCCGUUACAAGGUGCUAUUUCUCAAAAUUGGGGGGAAGAGAGACUUCUGACUACUUGUACCUUUACUCACCUUAAUUUGACUGUCCAGCCAGCAGCACUGGGAACCCUUUAGUUGUGGGAGGGAGAGGAAAUCAACAGCAGCACAAGAAAAAAAUCAAUUCCAUAUUCUCCCAUAACAAGUGAUUGUUUGUAGGAAGCCAGACGUUGGUGCUGGAGCCGGAUGUGUUACCCUGAAUCUUCUGAGUUUUUUUUUUUUUAAUCAGAUUUAUUACAAAUAUUGAACUAUUUAAUGUCUGGAGUCAUGAGCCCCACCAGACUCCUGGCACCUCCUUGUAGGGUGGUAUGUAUCUAGACUUGCAUUGUACAAACCUUUUUUUAAAAGCAUGUGUUUAGGUUUCUGUGAAAACGUUGUUUAAAUGUAAAGUACGUGUUUGGAUUUUAACUUCAUACCAAGCUCUGUCAGUUUUUUGUCUCAAUAAAAUUUUAGAUUUAUAAUCCUGA